CCUAGCCGGAAGUAGUUGGACUACAUCAACACGCGACUUGACUCUGCAAAAAUGUCUCGCAAGGAUUUGCCUUUGCGAGACAUUUAAGUUGUUCCAGCAGCAACUAAACUACUAAGGCAUGUGGCUGCUGCUGCUGCUGCUCGGCAGCUUGCUGGCUCUGCUUUGCAGCCUGGACGUGUUUUACUUCCUGCGUGCUGCCGCCGUGCUGCUGCGGGCGUGGCUGCAACCUCCCGUGUGGGACGUGACGGCGGAGCAGGUGGUGAGCGGCUACGUCUCCCCCCGCGACAUGGACAUGUGUCACAUGAACAACGCCCGCUACCUGCGCGAGUGCGACUUUGCUCGCUUCUCGCUGUACGCGCGUAACGGCGUCUUCAAGGCGCUGCGGGCGCUGAAGGCCUCCAUGGUGGUGGGCGCCACCACCAUUCGCUACCGCAGGGCUCUGUGCGUGGGCGAGGGCUACGAGCUGAAGAGUCGCGUGGUCACCUGGGACGACAAAGCCUUCUUCCUGGAGCAGAGGUUCGUGUCCCGCGGAGACGGGCGGGUGUGUGCCGUCAUGUACUGCAAGCAGAGUGUGCUGCGCAGCAGCCCUGACAGGAUCAUGCAGCAUCUCUGUAAGCGCAGAGUGGAACGUCCACAGUUCCCUGAUGACCUCCAGCAUUGGGUCAACUUCAUCUCAGCCAGCAGUCAGACGCUGAGAGCAGAGUGUGGCCUGCAGGACAAACACAAAUGAAUCAACAUCAACGUUAGGACAAUAAGAGUUGGGAUUUAUGAGCCAAGAAGUUCAAGUUGUGCCUUUUUUUCUGCGUCACAUUUGUUGCUCACUAGUCAUUAGGGGGCAUAUUUUCAUGGGAUUUAAAGUUGGCUAUGAUAUGCUGUGAUCAGUGUUAUCAUGUUUGUUUACACAUUCAAACAUA